AUGAGGGCUCGACCAGACAUCCAUGAUGGUAGACGUGUAAACAAGACAUGCCACAGGACACACUCUAAGAGCACAUGCCGGAACAAAGUAUGUUGCAAUGACACGCUGCAACGGCGCGUGCUGCGAGACACGCCAAUUGGCCUGACAGCCAAGACCAUCGUCGUCCGAGACCCAGUUCCUUCGGAUGUAUGCCUCUUUUUCCUUUUGUUGCCCGUCUUGAAACUGGCUCGAGAAAAGAGCCCACAAAUUGCCGCCCAUCCCCAGUAUCCUAAAUGCUUGGUCCGGUCCGGUCCCCAUUACUUUCAAGGAUUCCUUCUCUUGCGUAAACCUCGUGGUAUCCAUGCAGCCGUGCUCAACGUUGGCUCUCUCAUGUUUCCAUGUCAAAUCGUAGGCCUUGCUCGUGAUGCUCAUCGUCAGAAACAGGGGCUCCUCUCAUGUCGCUUCGUGAUAAUCCAUAUUCACCUCGACACCAUCAAUGAUGAUGCAAGCAGUCGUACUCACUCUCCACCAAAAUAA